UUGCGAUUUGCUCAUCGCCUAUUCUUUGCUUCCUUCACCCUCUCUCAGACGGAAGAAUUUGAGGAUUUAGAAGCAAAUUUAACCAAUGGGCAGUCUGUCGAUUGCCUCUUUUCUCCGACACAUAUCUCACCCGGCAACAGCUCUGCCCUUUCCGCCUCUGGAGUUGCUGGAUUGCCGUCGAGCGCGGUUGUGGCGGCCGGUUCCGUGGCUGGUUUUCCCGGUCCUGCAGGUAUGUUGCGAAGCGCCUCAUCAAUGGGCUAUUUGGCGCAGGCGCAUCUGCAUCGUGUGUCUGGGCAUAGUGGAGGCAUGCCGUCCGGAGGGUUGGUGGCGGAUGACAUCAUACAUGGACGGGACCUGGAGGACGAGGAAGAAGAGGAGGAUUUGGUGGAGGAGGAGGUAGAGGGAGAGGAGGAAGAGGGAUAUAAUGAAGACUUUGAGGCGAUGGACAGGAGAGACGGGAGAAGUGGCAACGAUGCAGACGAGGAGGGGCAUUUUUGUGAGGAAGAUGAAGAGGAGGAUGGCGCCGAAGAGGAGGAGGAUGAGGAAGCGGAUGAAGAUGAAGAUGAGGAUCUGAAUGCCGAGUACGACGGAGACGAAGGAGAGAGUGAGUUUGGUCAGUUAGUCGAAGAGGCUGUCGAUGGCUGUAUUGAGGGGGGCAAGCAGACGUCAGAGAUCAUCUCAAGCCCCAGAACGGCCGGACCUAAGGCAGCGAGAAUGGAGCAUGAUGGGCAGAAGUAG